CGUCACGACCGCGGGAGAACGCACGUGCGUGUCAUACCCGGUACAGUGCGACAUGAACUAGCAAGUACAGUAGUCCUGUUGUGUAUCGUCGACGUGCCGGCUGAUGAGAGGCGGUAACGUCGGACUGUUAUAAACUCAGUUAUUUACAGAUUAUUAAAGUGACCAUGAAGGACGUGGAGGUUGCGAAGAUCGGUGCCCUGCAGAAGAUCACCAGCAACAUCCGCAACAUCUGCAUUUUGGCACACGUUGACCAUGGAAAAACCACCUUAGCUGACUGCCUGAUAGCCAGCAAUGGGAUAAUUUCGAAUAGGCUGGCUGGAAAGGUGCGGUACAUGGAUAGUCGGGAAGAUGAACAGAUCCGUGGAAUUACAAUGAAGUCAAGUGCCAUUUCGCUCUUCUAUAACAAAGAUGACGAGGAGUACCUGAUCAAUCUGAUCGACUCGCCAGGGCACGUAGACUUUUCUUCCGAGGUCUCUACAGCUGUUCGCCUUUGUGACGGGGCCAUCGUUGUGGUUGAUGCCGUCGAAGGUGUAUGUCCGCAGACCCAGAUGGUGCUGAGGCAAGCAUGGCUGGAAAACAUUCACCCUUGCCUCGUGAUCAACAAAAUCGACCGCCUCAUCACAGAGCUGAAGCUCACUCCAACCGAGGCACAUAUCCAACUGCAGAAGAUUCUGGAACAGGUCAAUGCUGUCACUGGCAGCCUCUUCACCUCCAAGGUGCUCGAAGAGAGUGCAGAAAAGGUUUCCUCAGGACCAGUGGAGGGCACCCUGGCGAACGAAGGGAAAGCUGACCCCUUGUUCGACUGGAGUGCAGGCUUUGAGGAGGCAGACGACUCGAGCCUCUACUUCUCUCCAGAUCAGGGGAACGUGGUGUUUGCUUGUGCACUCGAUGGCUGGGGAUUCAGUAUAGAGCAUUUCGCACGACUCUACUCGAAGAAGAUAGGAGUGAGAAAGGAAGUGCUGCUCAAGACCCUGUGGGGUGAUUUUUACCUCAAUACCAAAGCCAAGAAAAUCAUGAAAGGGGCCCAAGCCAAAGGGAAAAAGCCCUUGUUUGUGCAGUUGGUUCUGGAUAAUAUUUGGGCCCUCUAUGAAGCUGUUGUCAUUAGAAGAGACAAGGAGAAGUCUGAAAAAAUUGUGAACUCAUUGGGGCUGAAAAUCCUUGCAAGAGACAUGAGACACACUGAUCCGAAGGUCUACCUGAGUGCCAUCUGCAGCCAGUGGCUGCCACUCUCUGAGGCUGUCCUUUCAAUGGUAAGCUGCCGUCUUCCCAGCCCCUUGGAAAUGUCUGCACAGCGCGUGGAAAAGCUGCUGUGUGCUCGCGCUCAACGCUUCGAGUCUCUUCCAGAGCAAACACAAACUCUGAGGGACGAUUUCAUUUCAUGUAAAAGUUCUGACGACGCCCCUGUGAUUGUGUUUGUCUCAAAAAUGAUUUCUGUUGAUGCAAAGGCCCUUCCUCAAAAGAAGCAAAGACCUCUUACCCUGGAGGAGAUGGUCCAGCGAAGGGAGCAGGCCAGGCAGAGGCACUUAAACAAACUCACCGGGCAGCAAACACAGACAGAGCCACCUGGCUCCAAGACAAUCAUGGGGUGCUCGGAAACAAGAGACAACCAAGAAGCCAGAAGUGACCAAGGUGUCAACGAGAAACAGGAGACUGAGACGGUUCCAUCAAGAGACCUGACUGAGCGGCCAGAGGAGGACACGGAGGCUUCAGAUAGAGAGCACUUCGUCGCCUUUGCGCGGGUGUACAGCGGCACGGUGCGGAAGGGCCAGCGGCUCUACGUCCUGGGGCCCAAAUAUGACCCGGCAACGGCGCUAGAAAAGUUGCCAGAAGGCCCAAUCAGCGAAGCACUGCUGGUAGGGGUGCCCCACCUGGCCUGUGUGACAGUGGACAGCUUGUACCUGCUCAUGGGCAGAGAGCUUGAGUCUCUUGAUGAAGUCCCAGCUGGCAAUGUGCUUGGAAUCGGUGGACUGGAAAACCAUGUUCUCAAGUCAGCCACCAUCUCCAGCUGCUUGGCAUGCCCUCCUUUCAUCCCGCUCUACUUUGAGGCCGUCCCAAUCAUUCGCGUGGCUGUCGAACCCAAACACCCGAGUGAGAUGCCGCUGCUGGUGAACGGCAUGAAGCUGCUAAACCAGGCAGACCCCUGCGUGGAGGUGCUGAUUCAGGAGACGGGGGAGCACGUUCUGGUUACAGCAGGGGAGGUUCACCUGCAGCGCUGCCUCGAUGACUUGCGCCAGAGGUUCGCCAGAAUCCAGAUCAAUGUGUCCGACCCCAUAAUCCCGUUUCGCGAGACGAUCAUUCGUCGUCCAAAGGUGGACAUGGUGAACGAGGAGAUCGGGCAGCAGCGCGUGUCGGUCAUCCACCAGAAGCAGAGACAAGACCAGGGCGCCAGGAUCCCGGAAGAUGUGCACGUGAGCGCGGACGGGCUGGUGCUGAUGCACACUCCCAGACGGCAGUGCGCCAUCGCCAUUCGAGCCACCCCUCUGCCAGAGGGCAUCACGCAACUGCUGGAAAAGCACGGAGACCUAAUUCGCACCAUGGAGAAUUUCAACAUGGCUCUUAAGGAGGGCCAAGAUAUGACGGCUUGGCAGAUCAAGGAGAGUAUUUUGCUGGCAAUUCGAGAUUUUAAGAAGCAACUUGAAGAUAAUUUUCGUGGACUGAAAUGGAAAAAUGCAGUUAAUCAAAUCUGGUCAUUUGGACCAAGAAGGUAUGGACCAAACCUUUUGUUAAACCGUAUCAGCGGGUACCAACGACCGUCUGUCUGGCAAUGUAUUGAAGGGAAACCAGAAGAUUUUCAUUCCUACGGAGAGUACGACAGUAGCCUGGCGAGCGGCUUCCAGCUGGCCUCUCUCGCCGGACCCAUGUGCGAAGAGCCGAUGAUGGGCGUCUGCUUUGAGGUCGAGAGAUGCGAACCGGGCUCUGUGGCAGGUUCAGACCGAGAGCGGCACGGCGGCACCGCUGAGGCUCACGCGAAGGCGCUGCAAAGCGAGAAGAAGAGCGAACGGGCAGGAUCGCCCAGCAGCGGCCAUAGGGAGCCACCAACUAAUGCGUCGCACGAAGCUGGCGACAAAAAAACUGCCGAGCUGGGCAAAAAAGAGGAAACGAAAGAUGAUUGCAAUUCGUGCACGGACAGGCCUUCAAGCGGCAGAGUGAACGCUAGUGACAGUUAUGGCUCUUUCACUGGACAGCUUAUUUCCACCAUGAAGGAAGCGUGUCGGUACGCAUUCCAGGCCAAGCCGCAGCGCCUUAUGGCUGCCAUGUACACCUGUGAAAUACACGCGACCGCUGAGGUGCUAGGCCGGGUUUAUGGCGUGCUGUCGAAGCGCGAGGGCCGCGUUCUGCAGGAGGAGAUGAAGGAAGGCACGGACAUCUUUAUCAUCAAGGCCGUGCUUCCCGUCGCCGAGAGCUUUGGCUUCGCCGAGGAGAUCCGCAAGAGAACCAGUGGCCUCGCCAGCCCGCAGCUCAUAUUCAGCCACUGGGAGGUGAUUUCCAGCGACCCGCUGUGGGUGCCCACCACGGAGGAGGAGUACGCUCACUUUGGCGAGAGGGCCGACUCUGAGAGCAAGGCGCGACAGUACAUGCGGGCCGUGCGCAAGCGAAAGGGGCUGCACGUGGAGGAGCAGGUUGUGGAACACGGAGAGAAGCAGCGUACACUCGGCAAGAACAAAUGAGAGGUUUUUCUGUUGUUGUUGUUGUUGGGAUUGCUGACAGGUCGGCCGACUUCAUUUGGAACUCAAAUUCCAGGUUUUGCAGAGGAUCGAGGUAGCUUCUCGGUGCAUUUACCAGUUUACAGUCAAAACGCAAGGGCUUUAUUUUCAUAAUAUUAAAGGUAUCGGUGGUAAAACAAAACUCGUAAGGUUGGGCAUUUUUUUGUGGUUGAGGUUUUUUACACAUACGUAUUUGUGAUAAAAUGCCUUAUUUGUUUUGGUUUGUAUUUUAAUGUACAUUUCAUUAUUAUAUUAUCUUUUGCUGCCUUCAGUAAUGGGUGUAUAAAUAUUUGAUGACAAAGAUAUUUCCCUGCUAUUUUAUUGUGGAAGAAUAAACAUUGCUCAAGUAAACGUUUAGUUGAGAUGAAAAAAAAACACUGAUUUUGCAUUAUGAAUAUUUAUUUAAUGUUUAUGCCAUCUUUUGAAAAUUAGCAUUUAUAAUGCUAACUUAAAAAAAAGUUACGGAUCGCUUCGAGCCUUUGAAAAGUUUCUUGGAGAAUGUAAUUUUGCUAAUUGGAAAAAUUAAUAAAAAUUACGGCAAAGAGCCUUG